GGGCGGGGCUCCGUGGAGAUCUAGGAGGCGCGGGGAACCGCGGCGCGCGGACUGGACCCGGACCCACUCCCGCUCGGUCGCUCCAGGUGAGCAGGACUAGGGGCCACGGGCUCGCCCCCGACUUUCCCUAACUUUGUUUGGCUCCUCCCUCGGGAAAGGUACGGGGGCGGGAUCCUGGUCCUUCCUUUUCCCCGGGUCGGAGUUUGCACGCGGGCGGCGGGACCCCGGAGUACGGGGUCUGAACAACUUCCCGCGCCCUAGAAUCAUCAGGCUGUGACUCCAAGUUUUCGCCUCCAUGGGGUCCUCAGCGUCGACCCACACCCACCAGUCUUGGGGGGCUUUCAACGUGUCCAUAAGCCUGUGAUUUGCAUGCUUUCGCCUCCGGGCAGGGGACGGUCCGGGGCUCGGGAGUGACCUUUCAGGAGUUGGGGCUGGGGCGCCAGCUUUCGCUUGAGGAACUGUGGUCACUGCUCUUGUUUCGGACUGGGAAAAGGGUUCCAUACCCAGGGACACGGGGGUGAUGGGUCUCGCCUGCUCUCCCGACGCGCCUGUGGCUAUGCCCAGAGGUGCGCCAUGCCCAGGGAUAGGGUCCGGGACCUUCAGGUCGACCCUGGUGGAGCCCCCGCCUCGUGCGGCCGUGUGACCCCCGGCAGGCCGCAGUUUCCAUCUAUGAAAACCAGUCUUUGGACGCGGCAGACGCUACGACUCCAUGCUAGGCCUCGGACCUGGGGCGCUGCUGUCCGAGGCAGGGAUGGUGUCCUGCUUUGAGCUUCGGGGUGCGGCUGGGGCGUGGGCAGGGUGGCAAAUCCUCCUCCCUGAGGCUUGGCAGUGCCUUUCAGGGCUGCAGCUGCUUAGAAAUCAGACUGGGGGAGUAAGGACGCACUCCAGGACAGCGAGUCCUAACCCUCCUCUAUUGGGGCCUGGGUGGGGGCCGAGUGUCGUCCCGCGCCCUCCCUUCGGUGGGGCCCACAUCACGUACAGCCCGGCUGCUCCUGUCCCGACUGGGAUCCAGUCCUCAGGUCGCAGGCCCGACACAACCAGCAGCCGGGAGGGUUUAAGCCGUGCAGCCGGGACCCUGGGGCUCUAGGCGUUGCUGCUCUGGCUGGGACGCGGUCCACUGAGGCCUCGGGCGGAGGAGGCUGAAAAGGAGGCCAGGCGGCGGGAAAGGGGGAUGAUUCAUCCCAAGCAACCCGAAUCGGAAACGCCGCAACCUAGGAAUAGCCUUGCCUGGGCCGACGGGAGAGCCGGGAGCAGAGUCUGUCCGCUCCGGUGCUGACUGAGGAAGUCUGGAAGGAGGGGGCGGGCAAGGAGAGGCUGGAGUCGGUGACACCCCCUCCUUCCCACGCUGCGAGCGCCCGGACGACAGCGAGAUGACAGCCGGGAGCCCGGGAGACUGCGGGGAGAUGCGGAGGAGCCCCGAGGGCCGCGUCUCGCGCCUCGGCCGCCGCCUGGGCCGCCGCCGGCGCCCGCGCUCUCCGCCGGAGCCUCUGCGGGUGCGGGCGCGGCUGCGGCUGCGCUCGCCGUCGGGGGCGUUCGCGGCCCUGGGGGCGCUCGUGGUGCUGGUGGGCAUGGGCAUCGCUGUGGCCGGCUACUGGCCGCACCGUGCCGGGGCCCCGGGACCCCGGGCCGCCAAUGCCAGCUCACCCCCUGUCAGUGAGCUGCGUCGCGGCGCGGGCCGGGGUCAUGGCCCGCACGAGCGGCUGCGGCUGCUCGGGCCGGUGAUCAUGGGCGUCGGCCUGUUUGUAUUCAUCUGUGCCAACACGCUUCUCUAUGAGAACCGAGACUUGGAGACGCGGCGACUCCGCCAGGGGGUGCUACGGGACCAGGCCCUCCGGCCCCCCGACGGCCCCAGCUGGGACUGCGCUCUCCUUCCCAGCCCUGGCCCAAGGACUCCUCUAGCCAUAGGCUGCGCGGAGCCAGAAAGUUGGGACCUGUCCCCGCGUCGGGGCACCUCACCGGUCCCGUCAGUGCGGAGCCUGCGUUCAGAGCCUGCUAAUCCUCGCCUCGGGUUACCUGCCCUACUCAACAGUUACCCUCUGAAGGGCCCUGGGCUGGCCCCACCCUGGGCUCCACGAACCCAGACUGGCCACGUGAUCAUCACAGUGCAGCCCUCUGGCUCCGGCAUUGAACAUUCCAAGUCUCUGGAUCUGGGCCUUGGGGAGCUCCUCCUUGGGACCCCAGCUGCUCGUGACUGUGCUCACAGAAGCUGGCCACGGCUGGACCGGCUCAGUCUCGGGGGGUAUGCCAAGUUGGGAGGAGGAGGGGAUUUGGGGGCCCGGGUCUGAGGAGUAGGGGGACAACCCGCUCUGAGGCUGCAGCAUGGACCACGAUCACAGGACCAGCCUAAGAGCUGCUUCAGUCACAUCCCGGGUUGGGAUGGACCCCUGCCCACAGCAGCUGUUCAGGCAUCCUGCCUGUGUGUAGUAGAGAAACGCCAGCAGCACUAAGGCUCCGUGAGCCAGCAAGAGCGGAGACCAGCAUGCCUCGGCCUCAGGAAUUUCUUCAGCCUCCAUAUGUGGCCUUAGCCCUGGACAGGUACCUGAGGGGACUGGAGGUCCAGGCCAAAGGUUAUUGGGAGAUGCACCUGGUGUCUUAGCAAACCCAAAGUGGUGGGCAAGGACCUCUAAGACUUGGAAGGUAGGUUGGGAUGUUGCAGGCUGGGACAGGCCCUCUCCAGAGUGGCAGGUGCUGGAAUUUGGGCUUCUGGGAAGAUGGGCAAGGGAGGUGGCUGAGACCCUCCACUGCCUUUGGGGAUGGGGACUGAACAUUUAACUCCCAUCACCUCAAACCCUUUCUUCCCUCAGCCAUGCAGGAUAUAUCCCACUAGGGCUAACUACUGCCAGCGUCUUCAUGCUGAGGUCUGACCCUCCCCAGAGAGGUCUGAGAAGCCCUCUUUUUAUUUCAUUGUGGCCUAUGCUGCAGUCUCCCUUCGGCUGGCAGAAAGCAUUUGCCAGUUCUCAGAAACCUCUUUGUACAACACUGAAGCUGCACUUUGUCCAAUAUGGGGAGCUUACUCUAGAAAAUGUUUUCAGUUUAGGUCUCCCCCACCCAGGUUUAAUUUUCCCCAAGUUAUUGGCAGAAGAGAAAUACAAAAGUGGAUCAAUCCGUAGAGUCAGUGGUAUUUUUUUUUUUUUUUUUUUUGGAAGUUUAUUGAAAAAUGCAAUACAAGAAGCAAGACCAAAUACAUAUCUAAACACUACAACCACUUCUCUUACUACAAAAGGCCAAAACAGCAGACCUAAUUAUUGCCUAUUUAAUCUAGGAAUUUUGCCAAUUUGAUUCUGCUGCCAUGGUUCCUAUUUUGUCAAGAAAUGUAAACAGCUACUUGAUAUGAUUCAUAAUUUUUAAAAAAUUUACAAAGCUCCUUCAUUUUUGUCACCAAAAUAAUACAUUUGAGAGGGAUUUGUAAAAACAACCAGCCUGGGGCUGAGCUCCUGGGCAGAGGCUUCCCAUGAGCAUCAAGGGGUGUUGCUCAAGCCUCUGGCUCCACUUCCCAGGGUAGACGUGGUCUCCUCACCCCCAGCAGCUUGAGCUUCCCCCAGAAUAUAGUGACGGCCCCAGGGGGGGCAGGGAGUGAUGGCCCCCUGCAGUUAGGCCUAGGGGCCCUUGGCCUGUGUCCAGGCCUUGCUUGUGGGUAGGUGGCAGAGCUCUCCUGUGGUUUGAAGGAAAUCUUUAGUUCUGAAGUAAAAAUAAAAUUGCAGUGAGAGUC